GUCACUUCCGUCUUGGUAGGUCCUUAUAGAUACCCUGUAGCGCUCAGGGAGUGGGGAGACUGACCGAGCCAUCUUCAGACACAUACACAACUUCCCAGCACGCUCAGACCUGCAUCACUAGGCUCCAAACAUGUCGACGCCGGCCCCAAUUUCAGCAGAGGAGCAGGAGGAACUGAGAGAGGCCUUCGCCAAGAUCGACAUGGACAACAAUGGGUUCAUCUGCAAGAACGAGCUCCAUGAGCUCUUUAAGGCGGCCAACCUGCCGUUGCCGGGAUACCGCAUCCGAGAGAUGGUCCAGGAGCUGAUGAAGACCAGCGAACAGCUCACCUUCGACCAGUUUGCAGAGAUUGUUCAAGGGCUCAAGAGCACUGAAGUAGCCAAUACAUUCAGGAAGGCCAUCAACAAGAAGGAGGGAAUCAACGCCAUUGCCGGAACCUCCGAACAGUCUGGAACACAGCACUCUUACUCUGAGGAGGAAAAGGUGGCCUUCGUGAACUGGGUGAACAUGGCUCUUGAGAAGGAUCCGGACUGCAAGCAUCUGCUGCCCAUGGACCCCUCUAGCAACCAGCUGUUCACAGCUGUGGGGGACGGCAUCCUGCUCUGUAAGAUGAUCAACCUUUCGGUCCCGGACACCAUAGACGAGAGAACAAUCAACAAGAAGAAACUCACUCCCUUCACCAUCCAGGAGAAUCUCAACUUGGCUCUUAACUCCGCCUCUGCCAUCGGCUGCCAUGUGGUCAACAUUGGAGCUGUAGACCUGAAGGAGGGCAGGCAGCACCUGGUGCUUGGUCUGCUAUGGCAGGUCAUCAAGAUCGGCCUGUUCGCCGACAUCGAGAUCACCAGGAACGAAGCUCUGAUGGCCCUGCUACAGGAUGGAGAGAGUCUGGAGGAUCUGAUGAAGCUCUCCCCAGAGGAGCUGCUCCUCCGCUGGGCUAACUAUCACCUGGCAGAGGCCGGCUGCCCAAAGAUCAACAACUUCAGCUCGGAUAUCAAGAACUCCCAGGCCUACUACAGCCUCCUGAACCAGGUGGCACCCAAAGGAGAUGAAGAUGGCGUGCCAGCCAUCCCCAUCGAUAUGACAGGCCUCAGGGAAAAGGAAGACCUGAAGAGGGCGGAGUGUAUGCUGGAGCAGGCCGACAGGCUGGGCUGUCGCCAGUUCGUCACUGCGACCGAUGUGGUCCGUGGCAACCCCAAGCUGAACCUGGCCUACGUGGCCAACCUGUUCAACAAGUACCCCGCGCUGAAGAAACCAGAGAACCAGGACAUCGACUGGAGCUCUAUCGAAGGAGAGACAAGAGAGGAGCGGACCUUCAGAAACUGGAUGAACUCCUUAGGGGUGAACCCUCGCGUCAACCAUCUCUAUGUGGACAUCGACGACGCCAUGGUCAUCUUCCAGCUCUACGAGAAGAUCAAGGUCCCGGUGGAUUGGGAGAGGGUCAACAAGCCACCUUACUCCCGGCUCGGGGGCAAUAUGAAGAAGCUAGAGAACUGUAACUACGCGGUGGAGUUGGGCAAGAAGGAGGCCAAGUUCUCCCUGGUGGGCAUCGCUGGGCAGGACCUCAAUUCUGGGAAUCGAAAACUCACCCUGGCCCUCCUCUGGCAGCUCAUGAGAAGGUAUACCCUGAACAUCCUGGAGGAUCUGGGAGACGGGCAGAAGGUGACCGACGACACUAUCGUCUCCUGGGUCAACCAGACACUCUCAGAGGCUGGCAAGCCCACCAUCUCCAGCUUCAAGGAUGGCUCUAUCAGCAACAGUAUGCCGGUGCUAAACCUGAUCGAUGCCAUUCAGCCUGGGUCGAUCCGAUACGACCUCCUAAAGAUGGAAGAUCUGACUGAAGAGGAGAAACUGAACAAUGCCAAGUACGCUAUCUCCAUGGCGAGGAAGAUCGGCGCACGGGUGUACGCGUUACCUGAGGACCUAGUGGAGGUCAAGCCCAAGAUGGUGAUGACUGUGUUCGCCUGUCUGAUGGCGCGAGGCAUGAAGAAGGUGUGAGGUUAUCAUGUGAACAGUCUUGCCUGGACUGUUUUUACUAAUAAACAUAUCUAUAAUAUUAUAUAUGUUUAAACAUAUAUAUAUAUCAUACUAUACAUAUGAUUUCAUUAUGAUAUAUAAUGAUAUGAGAUCCGUCCUAGGCUCAAAAUGUGAAAUAUGGAAAAAUAUCUGACAGGAUCAAUAAGAUUAUUUUUUUAACUCGUACCAAAAGCAUUCUAUUCAAAGUGAGGUUUUUAUCAAUGUAGCUGAAUCAGAAAUGAACAACAAGUGUCUAGUGGUCAAUUCAUUAUGCAAUUAUGAAGUAGGUUUAGUUCAGAUAAUGCUGAAGAAUGCUGUCUCAACCGAAGUGAGAUUCUGAGAAUCUGAUCCAACUCACAAACAUUUUCCGGGAUUUGUCAAAAUAUAUGGUGUUAUUAUUGACUUAUUGUGUUUUCAAUCAGUAUUUUGCCAAAAUAUGUUCUGGGAAUAAACACUUUGUAUUCAAAAGUUA